AAAAAUGAAAAAUGAAAAAUAAAAAAAAUAAAAAAACAAAAACCAUUUUUCAUGGGAGAGAAAAACAGAGGAAAAAGGUGUAGUACCUAACAAUUGGGAGUUUGGGAAAGAGAACAUAUAACAAGCAAAGAGGGGUAUGCAGUAGUAGAGAGUGGCAAGAAAGCAUAGAGAAGUGUAAUCAUAAAGGCAAAGCAAAAAAGAAACCCAUAUGUCAUAUUGUCAUCAAUCCAUAUCAUCAUUCAUCAGUUAUCAAAAUUCUAUGUAUUUAUGGAUUUUCUCUUUCUUUAAUUAAUUUGAUUGAUUCCCUUCACUUUCACAAGCAAAGCAAAGCAAAACAAACGCGAAGGUGUAGAGUUGGUAUUGGGGAUAUUUCAUAUUUUGGAAUCCAUCCUCAUCCCCUCACUAUGGACGAUGAAGUUGUACAGCGGGUCUUCCAAGAAGGAGGCCGUGACUACUUCCAACAGCAACCCUCCACUUCUUCUUCAUCGUCUUCCAUCCUCCAAUCGCUUCCACUCCAUGUGUCUUUUGAUCACGGGUAUUAUUUGUUGGUAAAAUCCAUCCAAGAACUUAGAGAGAGAAAGGAGGGUCUUGUUACAGUUGGCAUUGGUGGUCCAAGUGGUUCCGGAAAGACAAGCUUAGCAGAAAAGGUGGCAUCUGUUAUUGGUUGUACUGUUGUAUCAAUGGAAAACUACCGUGCUGGAGUUGAUGAAGGGAAUGAUUUCGAUUCAAUAGAUUUUGAUACCCUAGUCCAAAAUCUUGAGGAUUUGACAAAAGGUGAGGAUACAUUGAUCCCAGUGUUUGAUUAUGAUCAAAAGAGACGUGUUGGUUCGAAAAGAAUAAAGAGUGCUUCUUCUGGGGUGGUAAUUGUUGAUGGUACCUAUGCUCUGCAUGCAAAACUGCGCUCUCUGCUUGAUAUUCGAGUUGCAGUGGUUGGCGGUGUUCAUUUUAGUCUUCUUUCUAAAGUUCAAUAUGAUAUCGGGGAUUCUUGUUCACUUGAUUACCUUAUUGACAGCAUUUUCCCAUUGUUUAGAAAGCACAUUGAGCCAGACCUUCAUCAUGCACAGAUUAGAAUUAACAAUAGCUUUGUUUCAUCAUUUCGUGAGGCAAUCUACAAGCUAAAAUGCAGAAUUGAGGCACAAGAUGGACAUUCAGCUUAUUUAUUAGAAGGUUAUGAGCCCCAAACAGAUAACUUUUAUGAGAUGUACCUUAGACCUCCUUCGGCAAGUGAAGAAGCAAGGAUAAAUGACUGGAUCAAGGUGCGCCAAUCUGGUAUUAGAUAUUAUCUAUCACUUGGUGAUCAGAGGAUUGUUGACAAAAAUUUCAUUAUCAGGCCAAAAGCUGAGUUUGAGCAGGUUGGACGGACGACUUUAGGUGGGCUACUUGAUUUGGGUUACACUGUCGUUGUCAGUUAUAAACGAGCUUCUACAUCAGUCAAUAAUGGCUACAUCUCAAUAUCAGUUGAAACUAUUGAUACUCUUGGCGAUGAGAGAUUCCUGGUUUUGAGAGGCACAGAUAGGAAAACAGUUGGAAAAGAAGCAUUGAAGAUGGGCAUCAAUGGACCUUGGAUCACUAAAUCAUAUCUGGAAAUGAAUAUUGAGACUAUAGGUGUCCCCCGUCUUAAUACACCCCCACCUUUGUCUAGUACAUCUCCAAGAACUAAUCAAGACAAAACAAUUGUUGCUCCAAGGCCAAUUCGUGUUAGUCCAAACCUUGUUAUGGGGCUUGAGGAUCUAUCUCAACCGUGGACUCGAUCUCCAACAAAAUCUAAAAUGGAACCUGUAUUGGCAACGUGGCAUUUCAUUUUGCCAGAUACAGCUUCUGCUGAUAGAUCAGCCAUAGAUCCUUCCACUUUCAGGGAAACCAUAAAACUUGCUCCAAUGCCUGAUUCAUAUGACUUUGAUAGGGGAUUGCUUCUUUCUGUGCAAGCAAUACAGGCUUUGCUGGAGAAUAAAGGCUUCCCGGUUUUAGUUGGAAUUGGAGGUCCAAGCGGAUCAGGAAAGACUAGUUUGGCUCACAAAAUGGCAAAUAUAGUUGGUUGUGAAGUAGUUUCCCUUGAAACAUAUUAUAAAUCUGAACAAGUAAAGGACUUCAAGUAUGAUGACUUCAGCUCGAUUGAUUUAUCUUUGCUUUCAAAAAAUAUUAGUGACAUAAGGAAUGGACGCAAAACAAAAGUACCCAUAUUUGACUUAGAGACAGGUGCCCGUAGUGGCUUCAAGGAACUUGAAGUUUCAGAAGAUUGUGGAGUGAUUAUUUUUGAAGGAGUUUAUGCUUUACAUCCUGAUAUUCGAAAAUCACUGGACUUGUGGAUUGCUGUUGUUGGGGGUGUUCAUUCACAUCUGAUUUCCAGGGUCCAAAGGGAUAAAAGUAGAGUGGGGUGCUUUAUGUCCCAGAAUGAGAUCAUGAUGACAGUGUUUCCAAUGUUCCAGCAGCACAUUGAACCACAUCUUGUUGCUGCACAUCUUAAAAUUCGAAAUGACUUUGAUCCUGUGCUUUCCCCUGAGAGCUCAUUGUUUGUGUUGAAGAGUAACCGCCAGGUGGCUUAUCAAGAUAUUUUGAAAAUUCUAGAUCCGGCAAAGUUCUGCAGCUCUGUUCAGAAUUUCAUUGAUAUAUAUUUGAAACUUCCUGGAAUUCCUACUAAUGGGCAGUUAGCUGAGAGUGAUUGUAUACGGGUUCGAAUAUGUGAGGGCAGAUUUGCAUUGCUUAUACGUGAGCCUAUUAGAGAAGGAAAUUUCAUCAUUCAACCUAAAGUGGAUUUUGAUAUUAGCAUUAGUACGGUUGCUGGCCUUCUUAACCUUGGGUAUCAAGCUGUAGCUUAUAUUGAAGCAUCUGCAUUCAUCUACCAAGAUGGAAAGAUUUUAAUCGAGGUCGAUCAUUUACAAGAUUCCCCUAGUCCUUACCUACAAAUCAAGGGGAUUAACAAAGAGGCUGUGGCAGCUGCUGGUUCAAUGCUCAAACUGGAUGGUUCAUAUACUACAAAGAGUUACCUUCAAAUAGUUCUGGAAAGGUUACCAGCAGUAGAAAGAAGUAGUGCUGGCAUUCACAGUCAGCAGGCUGGAAGGUUGCAGGAACUUGUGGAAUUUAUUCAAUCUCAGGGUUGCAGUUCAUCUUCAGAGUCGUCGCCAAGUAGGGAUGUUUCUCCAUUGGAGGGGGUUAUUGAAGAAAUGCAAUCAAGGAUUAAAAGGCUUGAACGCUGGCACAUGAUCAAUACAGUAUUAUGGACAUUUUUAAUGUCUGCCCUCGUUGGCUAUUCACUCUACCAAAGGAAACGCCAGUGAUGCUGAUUCCGAUUUUUACUGGAACAAGUGGUUUUGUUGGGUAUAUAUAUUCAUAUGGCAGGACACUCAGCUCCUUGGAUCUCCAUACGCAGAGGUGCAAAUUAAUUGAUUAAAAAGACAAGUCUAACAGCAACUUCCUAACUUGUUUCUCUAAUAUAGGAUAAAUGUAAAUGCCACUGAUUUGUGAUUUUGGAACAUAAACACAGCAGCAUUAGUUGUUCAAUUGGUCCCUUUCUGGGAAAACUGAAAGACGGAAAUGAAAAUAACAGGGUGAGAAUGUUCAUAGUCGAGUUCAUAGAAAUUUACUUAUAACUAUGUUUCUUUCUUAA